CACAUGCGAAGGACAGUGAUUGUCUUUUUCCUUGCUCACAAGGCACACUGUAGUCUAUCUCCGAGAGAGAAACCGAAUCGGCACCUAUCCGAAUUAUUUGUUUGAUUCGUCUCGCUUUGGUUGUUUUGUAUUGCCUGUCUUUAUUCGGGAUUUGCUGUGAACAUUGCCAUUUAUUCUCAUCCUGGGUCGCUUACUGUACUUUGCCUGCUGCGCCUUUACACGUUGUUUUAUCGUUUCUAGUGGAAAGGGAGUAGUCUUUCGAAUAGUCUUCUUCUUAAAUUAUAUUUUGACAUUGGUGAAUAGUGCUCUUUCCUAUCCCGGACUGGACCAAUGCGUAGCCCGUGCCCAGCGGAUCCACGACAGCUCCGUUUCUCACACAGCAGAGUUCACGCUCAAUGGCCGGACCGAUGUGCGCCAGCAGACCCCGCCAACAUAAACCUCUGAUGGAUCAUUUAUCUACCGUUUUCGAGUUUAUUUCCAGACCCUUGCACUUCCUUUAUACCGUGUAUUGUGCGUAAAGCCUUGGGGUCGGAGCUGUAGAGCGAAAGCAAUUGAGAUAAUGCCGCUUUCCCAACUCGACCGUUGGUCUGAACCGAGUCGACCUGUUUUACCUGGGCGCAUGCGGAGAAUCCUCUCGUUCUGAACCACAAAAGAAGCCUGCCGUCUGGAUUUCUAUGUGGUUGGAAAUACAAAAGUUGAACACUGAAACAUUUAGUCUACUCAAGACGGCAAGAAGUGAAGAUGGUUACGUGUUCAACGUGUAUUUAAUUAAAGUGGCAUCCAGCGUGAUAAACAUAAUCAGUGAUGUAGUGAGUCUGUUCAUAUGCGUGCUCAUCAUUUGCAGUAAAUACUCGCAACUGCUCAAACAGGGGACUAUGAAGAUGAUACUCUUCCGUAAAUUCCGAGUUUUGAUUCUCAUGGUGUUUCUAAUCGCCUGCUCGAUGCACAUCAUGAUAGACUUGUUACCAAAGCUGGAGAGGCGCAGCAACAGCGGCUGCUCCUGCUCGCACAAGCCGAGCGAGGACCCUCAGAACUGGGCUAAACACCGAGCUAGGUCGGGAGCGGAGUCAGGCUGGCCUAACAAACACACGCUGAGAAUCCUCCAGGACUUCAGCAAUGAGCCAAACUCUAACAUCUCUUCCCAUUCUCUGGAGAAGAACACCAAAGCGGGAAACAAAACGGAAGCCUUUAAACGGAUUGAACAUUAUGCACAAAAUGGUGACAAAAAGAGACGGUUCAUACACGACACUGUGGUCACCAAAAACAUACCUGUCAAGAGUUCAAGGUUGCUGGCUCUGUUUGACCACCCGUUAUUCAAGAGAGCCUUACCGUCUCUGACCGACGAAGACACCUUGUUCAACGUCAACACAGACAUCAGAUUUGACCCCAACGCCGCCACAGAGAAUCAGGAAUGGCCCGCUGAAGGGAACAUGGAGGAGUACACUCCAACAGGAGGAGAGCUGACGGCUGACUCCUACCCCAACUGGCUCCGCUUCCACAUAGGGAUUAAUCGAUAUGAGCUCUACUCCAGACAUAACCUAGUCAUCGAUGCUCUGCUCAGGGACCUGGUCUCACAGAGAAUCACCAGCGUCGCCAUGAAGUCUGGAGGCACCCAACUGAAACUGAUCAUGACGUUCCAGAACUAUGGACAGGCUCUGUUCAAACCUAUGAAGCAGACCCGGGAGCAGGAGACGCCCCCUGACUUCUUCUACUUCUCGGACUUUGAGAGACACAAUGCUGAAAUCGCUGCCUUUCAUCUAGACAGAAUCCUGGACUUCCGUCGUGUCCCUCCUGUAGCAGGCAGAUUGCUGAAUAUGACUAAAGAGAUCAAAGAUAUGACCAGGGACAAGAAACUGUGGAAAACUUUCUUCAUAUCACCAGCCAACAACAUCUGUUUCUAUGGGGAGUGUUCGUACUACUGCUCUACGGAGCAUGCUCUGUGCGGUAAGCCGGACCAGAUCGAGGGUUCCCUGGCCGCCUUCCUCCCAGACCUGGCCUUGGCAAAACGUAAGACCUGGAGAAACCCCUGGAGACGAUCCUACCACAAACGCAAGAAAGCCGAGUGGGAAGUGGACCCUGACUACUGUGAAGAGGUGAAACAGACUCCGCCCUAUGACAGCGGCACCCGUCUGCUGGACAUCAUGGACAUGACCAUCUUUGACUUCCUCAUGGGCAACAUGGAUCGUCAUCACUAUGAGACGUUUGAGAAGUUUGGCAAUGAGAGCUUCAUAAUCCACCUGGACAACGGGAGAGGGUUUGGAAAGCAUUCCCAUGAUGAGGUGUCUAUCCUGGUCCCUUUAAGCCAAUGUUGCAGAGUGAGGAAGUCGACCCACCUGCGUCUGCAGCUGCUGGCCAAGGAGGAGUACCAGCUGAGUGAUCUGAUGUCUGAGUCUCUGCUGAGGGACAAACUGAUCCCCAUCCUCAUCCAGCCUCACCUGGAGGCGAUGGACAGACGCCUACGCCACACACUCAACGUCCUGGCAGACUGCAUCGAGAAGGAGGGCUAUAGUAAUGUUGUGGAGGAUGACCUGGCGAGUGAGAGGAAGGGGGCUCAGAUGCACACAUCACCCAGGGGGAGGUAGCUGGGAGGCCUGAACUGUUCUGGAAUGGACCAGACUGGAUUGGACCGGAUCAAACCGUAUGGAACUAGAGUCGAUCAGACUGAACUGGAUUGAACUGGACCAGAUUAAACCUUGACUGAACCGGUUUUGACCACCAUCCUCAUAGGCCCCUUAAAUAACAGUGUACACCUCCCAACCAAUCGAUCAUCUCCCACCACAGAUCAUGAAAGUCUUGCGAGAGCCGCUUGUCUUGUUCAGGAGACAUUUUUGAAUUCAGUGAAUUCCAAGACUGGUAUUAUUCCUUCUGCUGUCAACUGAACAUUGUGUUUUUACACAUUGUUGGGACCUGUCGCAGGUGUGCAAACGAUAUGCGUAUUGGAGAUCGAUUCUGUGUCUUAAUGAACAAUUUAUUGCAAAAUGUUUUAUAACUUCUGUUGCUCUUUUACAUUGUAUUUUGUAUUAAUUUAAGAGAUAUUUCAUUGGAGGGUUUGCUGCAAAAUGUGUCUUCUGCUUUUCAUCUUUCAAAUGCUUCCUGUCCCGAGAGUAUUUAUUGCAUUUCAUAUUAAUUGUUUGAAAUAAAUGAGACCCAAAUCAUUUUUCUAUCAAUAGGACUGGGGGCUCGAGUCAAUCUGUAUCGCUGAAACUCUCGAGUGGUGCAGCGGUCUAAGGCACUGCAUCUCAGAGCUAGAGGCAUCACUACAGACUCUGGUUUGAUUCCAGGCUGUAUCACAACAGGCCGUGAUUGGGAGUCCCAUAAGGCGGCCCACAAUUGGCCCAGUGUUGGCCGGGGUAGGCUGUCAUUGUAAAUAAGAAUUUGUUCUUAACUUGCCUAGUUAAAUAAUGGUUAAAUAAAUACAUGCUCUAGAAAUAUAAAGUUAAUGUCCUAUUGAGCCGACAUUUGCAGCGUUUACCAUGAAUGCAGUUUCUGCUAAUGUGGGAACAUGUCCUUUAAAUUUCAAGCACACUGUAACACUGAACUUCCGCUAUACAGAUCAAAUACAGCCCUGAGUGGUCAGGAGACCAAGAGGGAGUGAGAGAGACUACAGAUGUGCAGUCCUUAGUUGGUCAAGUAGAGGGCAGCUCUAGUGCAUUAAAAUAGUGGUCUGCAGGUCAGCUGUUUGUUCACCGGCACCUGCCCAAAACUGCUAAUAACCCAUCUGCAACCGCCCUACUAUGCUGUAGGCUACGGUCAGAGAUGGCUGAACUAUUUUUUUCACAGGGGUGCAGUUUUUUUUUAUAGCAAAUAUGUUUCUGCUUAUAAUUACCGACAUUUCGGUAGGCUAUUUGUUAGUCAACUUGUCUAUAAUAAGACUAUAUACAUGCUGCUUCUCUUUUGUCAUUAUAUGUUGACCUAGAAGACUAAAAUAAACCCUUGCUCACCAGAAUAAUUUCAUAAAUUGAUAGAAGCAUUCAUUCUAUCUAUUGUAGUUGACAUCAGUAAACUUUUCUUUGUCGUCUCUAUUUCUUUCCCGAAGCAAAGACGUUUAGGGACUGGGGAGAAAAUGAAAUAACAAAAAAUUAACAGGAAAGAUUUUCUGUGUAAAAUGUCCAAAUUAUAUCAGUUUGACCAUUUGUAAGGAAAUAGAAAGCUGUAAAAAUGAGCCAAGAUGUUUCUGAUAAGAUUUCAGGUCGGCUUGGAUACAUACUUUAUGUGGUUUCACAGGAGGCUGCUGAGGGGAGAAGGGUGUAUGAUAACACUGUGAAUGGCAAUUUAGGUGCCACCAACCUCCUGUGGUUGAAAUACUAGGCCUAUUAGCUUUUAGGAUGCUAAUAAAAAUAGCACCUCUACAGAAGGUCCCUAACUGCAGAUUCGGAUUCUCUCAAGAUGCUCUAAGAAAUCAAUCAUAUUUCUCCACCCCUGUUUCCGAGUCAAAAUGUAGGAUACAUUUGAAUUUGGUGUAUUAUUUUACUUCAAGAAAUGCUUCAUUCUGCAGGAGUUAAUAUUAAGGUUAUGUGUAAGGUUAUAGACCUACAGUCAGUGUCCAGAUUUCAGUUUCCAUUUAACCCAUCUGAACAGUAGGCUACAGUUCAAUUGACUUGUCCUGGUCUUGUGACUGUUGAAUUUGUAUGCACGCCUUGAGUGGGCUCCCGAGUGGCACAGCGGUCUAAUGCACUGCAUCUCAGUGGUAGAGGCGUCACUACAGACCCUUGUUUGAUUCAUAAUAAUAAUAUAAUAAUAUAUGCCAUUUAGCAGACGCUUUUA